UUGGAUGUAACGAGUAUUGGAGAGUUGUUGCAUAGUUUUUCUCAAUUAGACGGAUAUAACUUUUACAAAGUGAGCUGGUAGCACGUUUGCUUGGAUGUUAUUUAGACGUUUGAAAUGCUGAAUUGUUUCACAGGACUUCAGCAGCUCUUCAUUCAACGUUAAAGCUGCAAGCUAGCAGCUAGCUUUGGCAGCUAGGACAGACAGAGAGGAAACACAGUAGACUGAAACGCUUUGGUUCAAUGUGUAUGAUGGGCAUGACCACUCGAAUAGAGUGCAUAUUUUUUAGUGAGUUUCAUCCCACUUUGGGACCAAAAAUAACUUAUCAGGUCCCAGAGGAGUACAUCUCACGCGAGCUAUUUGACACAGUUCAGGUUUACAUUAUCACCAAGCCGGAGCUGCAAAACAAAUUAAUAACAGUCACUGCGAUGGGCAAGAAGUUAAUUGGGUGUCCCGUUUGCAUUGAACAUAAAAAGUAUAGUCGAAACGCCCUCCUCUUCAACCUUGGCCUUGUUUGUGAUGCCCAAACCAACACAUGUGCCCUUGAGCCAAUCGUCAAGAAGCUGUCUGGGUAUCUCACGACUCUGGAGCUGGAGAGUGGAUUCAUAUCCAAUGAGGAGAGCAAGCAGAAACUUCUACCCAUUAUGUCGACCUUGUUAGAAGAGCUCAAUGCCACAGGAGCCUGCACCCUACCCAUUGAUGAGUCUAACACCAUCCACCUAAAGCUGAUCCAGAUGAGGAAGGAUCCCCCGAUUGUCCAGGAAUACGACGUGCCUGUCUUCACCCAGUGCAAAGACCACUUCAUCAAAUCUCAGUGGGAUCUCACCACUCAACAGAUCCUCCCCUAUAUUGAUGGAUUUAGACACAUCCAGAAAAUCUCUGCUGAAGCGGAUGUAGAGCUGAAUCUUGUUCGUAUCGCUGUGCAGAAUCUCCUGUAUUACGGUGUUGUGACCUUGGUGUCAAUAUUCCAGUACUCUAAUGUGUACUGCACCACCCCCAAAGUCCAGAGCCUCAUAGAUGACAAGUCCAUUCAGGAGGAGUGCCUCAGCUACGUCACUAAGCAGGGUCAGAAGCGUGCCAGUUUGAGAGAUGUGUUCCAGCUGUACUGUGGUCUGAGUCCAGGAACCACAGUCCGUGACCUUUGUUCUCGCCACUCGCAGCAGCUUCAAAGAGUUGAUGAGAGGAGGCUGAUCCAGUUUGGACUGAUGAAGUCUCUCAUUCGACGGCUGCAGAAGUAUCCGGUGAAGGUGAUCCGUGAUGAGAGGAGCAGGCCGCCUCGACUCUAUACUGGUUGUCAUAGUUAUGAUGAGAUCUGCUGCAAAACAGGGAUCAGUUACCAGGAGCUGGACGAACGUUUGGAAAAUGAUCCCAACAUUGUUGUGUGCUGGAAGUGAUGUCACAUGAACUGAUGCGGAGUGGUGCAGGGAGUGGUUUGAAUGUAGAAUGAAGAUGCCUCAACCAAAGAUGCCUUCAGUAAGAGGAGUUUUCUUGGACUAACGCAAAACAUUCAAAGUAUUUUGUAAUUUGUAUAUCAGGUUAGUGUUU